GGUACAAGCAAAGAAACCUUUUGACGACCUGCGGUUUUUAAACGGUUGUCUUGAGCAAUACGUUGUUUCAGGAUCUGAAGGAAUUUGUCUUAAUAUUCCUAAGUCCUUAAAAACUUUACUACUUGAGAAGCAUUCAAGUAGCUAUAAGCCAUUUUUACCUUAACACAUAAAGAUGGAGUUGUCGGAUAUUCCCUUCCCCAUCUCAUCAGCUGAUGAAUUCUACGACGACCCUUGCUUCAACACCAACGACAUGCACUUCUUUGAAGACCUGGACCCCAGGCUCGUCCACGUGAGCCUGCUCAAGCCCGACGAGCAUCACCACAUCGAGGACGAGCACGUGAGGGCACCCAGUGGGCAUCAUCAGGCCGGCAGGUGCCUGCUGUGGGCAUGCAAAGCCUGCAAGAGAAAAACAACCAACGCUGACCGCCGCAAAGCCGCCACCAUGAGGGAGAGGAGACGACUGAGCAAAGUCAACGACGCUUUCGAGACCCUCAAGAGAUGCACGUCCACCAACCCGAACCAGAGGCUGCCCAAAGUGGAGAUUCUGAGAAACGCCAUUAGUUACAUCGAGUCUCUGCAGGCGCUACUUAGGAGUCAAGAGGAAAACUACUACCCUGUUCUGGAGCAUUACAGCGGAGACUCUGAUGCCUCCAGCCCGAGAUCCAACUGCUCUGAUGGCAUGAUGGAUUUCAUGGGUCCUACAUGUCAGUCGAGAAGACGGAACAGUUAUGACAGCUCUUACUUCAACGACACGCCAAAUGCUGACGCACGGAAUAAUAAAAGCUCAGUGGUGUCGAGUUUGGAUUGUCUGUCGAGUAUCGUGGAGCGAAUUUCCACAGAGACCCCCGCGUGUCCCGUGCUGUCAGUACCGGAGGGGCACGAAGGGAGUCCGUGUUCUCCGCAGGAGGGGUCCGUCCUGAGUGAGAGCGGGGCUCCUGCACAGUCCCCGACCAACUGCCCUCAACAGCAGGCUCAGGAUCCCAUCUAUCAAGUGCUUUAAAGAUCCGGUACAUUUCAAAACAAAUCGAAAGGGACAAUUUGAAUCAAGAAGCAUUCAACCGAAAAAUGACAAAUCCGAUCUUAACGACAAAAGAAAGACUAUUUCGAUCCACUGCUGGAAACUAGGAACGAAUGAUCUUUCUUUUUUUUCUUUCUUUCUUUCUUUCUUUCUUUCUUUCUUUCUUUCUUUUUAUGCUGUGGGAAAUCUAAUUCCUUUAUGAAAAAGGCAAGUGAGUUUCUUAACUACGAUUAUUUAUAUUAUUGUAUCCAUGUGAAAAUGUGACCAUAUUUUUUUCCCCCUUUUGUGAAUAUAUUUUCUGUCACCAUCAGCUUUUAUUUCCUAAUUAUUUACGAGAGAAUCGUAAUCCAGAUACGGAUAGUAGGACCACUUUUGUAUAUGUGUAAAUAAGAUCUGUUUUGUUAAAGCGACGAAAACGAACAAACAUAUUAUUGUAUUUAAUGAUGCCUGUUUGAAACACUAGCUUGUUGUGUCUUGUGUUAAACUUUAUAUUUAUACUUCUUAAACGAGUGAAUGUCGGAUUAAUAAAAAAUAUAACUAUUUAUACUCAAA